CAAAGAGCCAAGACAAUCUCACCAUGGUGCGACUAGUGGAAGAGCAGGCGACCCCCUUCAAGAAGGAGACGGUUCGGCGGUUCACGUGGUAUUCUGCGAGCGGCGUCUCUGUCACUGUCAUCUCGUAUGGAGCCAUCAUACAGUCGGUCAAAGUACCCGACAAGAACGGCCAGAUAGCUGAUAUCGCCCUCGGUUUUGACGAUGUAGACAGCUACGUUCAGCGCAACGUACCGUACUUCGGGGCCACGGUGGGGCGCUGCGCCAACCGCAUAGCGCGCGCCCAGUUCGAGAUAGAAGGCGUUCAGUACAAGCUAGCGAAGAAUAUAGGGGAGAAUCAUUUACAUGGCGGGAUCGUGGGGUUUGACAAGGUAAACUGGCACACAACAGUCGACGGCAACAAAGUGAUCUUCAGCUACCUCUCCUCCGACGGCGAGGAGGGCUACCCCGGCGACCUGGUCACCAGCGUCACAUACGAGCUGACAGACGACGAUCGCUUCCACGUGGACUUCCAGGCCAUGACUACGAAGAAGACGGUCGUGAACCUGACUAACCACUCGUACUUCAACCUGGCUGGACAUGACGGGGGGGCUCAGGAGUUGAUGAACCAUGUGGUCGCUUUAUUUGCUGAUAAAAUCACUGAAACCGCUGAGAACUCCAUCCCGACCGGUCGCCUGACCAACGUGGGGGGCACGCCGUUCGACCUGCGCACACCGAAGCGGCUCGGCGACAUCAUAUCUAAGAACCCCAAGCUGUUUGACGACAACUUCUGCAUUACUACGUUUGGGAAGGAGGAUCUCCAGUACAUCUCCCGCGUCGUCCACCCUCCCUCCGGCCGGUACCUCGAGGUCUACAGCGACCAGCCCGGCGUCCAGCUUUACACCAGCUACUACCUUCCAGCUCCCACCGACGCCGCCCUCGUGGGCAAAGGCGGCGUCGGCUACAGGCGACACGGAGCUUUCUGUCUGGAAACUCAGAAGUACCCAGAUGCGGUGCACCAUGAGAAGUUCCCUAGUCCGAUCUUGAAGCCUGGCGAUGUUUAUCGUCAUAGAGUCGUUUAUGCUUUUCGGUCAGAGUGCGGUUCUGAGCCUACGGUGGUGUCUACAUAAAACCUUUUGUAUUGAAA